AUGUCGGGCGAUAUCGCUCGAUUGGAACACGAGUCAGCCGCGUCUGACCCUCUAGUCGAUGGGGACGCCGUCUUCACGUUGCAAGGCACAAAGCAGACGGCGGAGAGCGUCGCCCAAGAUGCCGUCGACCAAACAGGAUUUGGCAAAUUUAACCUUAAGGUUAUGGCCGUCUGCAGUUUGAUCUUCAUGAACGUGGCCUUCAGUAUUACCAGUAUCGCGUUCAUAUUGCCAUCAGCAGCAUGCGACUUUCAAAUGACUACGAUGGACAAGGGACGUCUGAGCGCCGCUCCGAUGUUAGGUAUGCUGGCUGGAUCGUACAUCUGGGGCUGCUACGCGGCGAUAAAAGGCCGAAGAAUGUCCCUGUUGGUUGCUCUGUUUCUUCACGGGAUCUCGGAGCUGUUAGCCUCGGUGGUGCCUCUCUAUUGGUUCUUCCUGUUUUUGAAAUUUCUUAGCGGCGCCGCAAUGAACGGACAGUCGGCCGUCGUUUUUCUCUAUCUCGGUGAAUUCCAGCCGACCAAAUAUCGCGACAAGAUGCUCUCGUGGAUGGAGAUGGCAUGGGUGAUGGGAAUGAUCAUCCUGGCAGGCGUCGGAUGGAUCAUUAUUCCACUGGAGGUGAACAUAGAAAUCGCCGGUGUGGUUUACCAUUCGUGGAAUCUAUUUGUGUUCAUAUGCUCGUUGCCAGCGUUAUUCACCGGUGCCUGGCUCUUGUUUUUUCCCGAAACGCCGAAAUAUCUGGCGGAGACCGGCCAGAACGUUCAAAUGCUGGACGUACUAAUGAGAAUGUACUCGGAGAACAGCGGAGAACCUGCCAAGGAAUACAUAACGAAACUUCGAAACUGCGGGAACAACAAUCUGAACGAUCUGGUGCACCGUAUAAUGCACACGAGGGACCCGAAGGAGGAGGAUGUCGAGGAGAAAUCCUUUCGACUGAUGAUUAAAGACAUCUGGACAAAGACAGUGACGAUACUGAAACCGCCAUUCCUCUGUCGUACGAUCGUGGUGUGUUUGAUCGCGUGUUUCGUCACAUCCGCCUAUUACACGUUGACUUUGUGGCUGCCGGAGCUGUUUCACAGGUACGCGGACUUCCAGGAAGCGUACCCGAACCAAACGGCGAGCGUUUGCACCCUCAAGAGCACAAGGAACACCACGGAAAUGGUGGCUACCAACGAUCCGUUUGGUUGCGACUCGAGAGUACAAACUAGCGUUUUCGUCCACACGUUUAUAUUAGGAGCCUCUUGCAUCCCCACGGGUCUGAUAUUGCCGCUUCUGGUCAAUUAUGUAGGCUACAAAUUCUUCCUUGUGAUAACAGCGUUCGUGCCCGCUGUCGUGACAGCCUGUCUGUUUCUUGUGCAGACGUCCACGCAGAACUUGAUACUUUCGUGCGCCUACGAAUCGGUCACCUCCGUCUGCCUCAGUGUCGUCUACUGCCUUCUCGUAGAUCUCUAUCCAACGCAUUUAAGAGCUAUGGCGGCCGGUUUGUCGGCUUUCAUUAGUCGAAUAGGUGCCAUAAGCGGGACCCUGAUGAUCGGUUAUCUCAUCGACGACUAUUGUACGAUGGUGAUCCUCAUAGUGGCCGCUCAGCUUUUUCUAAGCGGAAUACUUGCGCUAUUCACGCCGGGUAGGAAGAAGCCACCGAAAAAACCGGACAACGAAAAGUGUUAAAUCGAGGGAAGCAAACUGAAGGAAGAAUAGAAGGAUUUCUGUAUUCUUAAGACAAGGUA